GCGAUGGCCGCUCAAGAAGUCGACGCAGGCGGGAUGAGUGAAAAUGAGGAAGAGACAUUUGAAGAUGCUACAGAUAAUUUCAUCCUCCCAGCAAGUGAUCUGAACCUGAAUGCCUGCCUGGAAGAUGUCGGGAUCGCCCUCAAGCUCUUCCUCAACAACAAGUUCACAGAGGCGAAGGAGAGGAUGCAACCUCAUGCUGAGACCAGCAUGUACCAUGCCCUGGGCUAUGGCACUAUCAUGUACAUACAGGCAGUUAUGACAUUUGACAUGGGUGACAUUGAGGCAGCUAUCCAGGCAAUCAAGAGGUCAGUGAUUGUUUGUAGCAAACAUCGAAAGAGGACUUCCAUGAUCGGGUCCAUCACAAAGGCAGCUAACAAAACAGACUACAACAGCUUUACAGAAGAUGAGAUGCAUGCAGAGUUGUGCUAUGCAGAAUGUCUAUUGAUUCGAGCCCUACUGACCUUCAUACAAGAUGAGAACCUAAUCAGCUUUGUCAAGGGAGGAUUGAAAAUAAGAGAGUGCUACAAAAUAUACAAGGAGUGUAACAAGAUGCUGAUCAAGAGGAAGUGGGACGGAGGAGAACACAAGAUCCACUUCGAGAGUGGGGUCAAGAUGGGAGUGGGGGCAUUCAAUCUGAUGAUAUCUUUGCUGCCAAGCAAGAUCAUGAAACUCUUGGAGUUUGUGGGAUUUUCAGGAAAUAAGAAACUAGGCUUAGCCGAGCUCCACAAAGGCAGUGAAGUGACAACCAGUUUACGAGGACCUCUAUGCUCCAUCAUGUUGAUAGCAUACCAUACUGUAGUAACAUUUGUUCUAGGUUUAGCUGAUGGUGAUAUAGACUAUGCAUCUGAGUUACUCAAACCUUGUCUUAGAAACUUUCCUAAGGGGCUCUAUUUCUGUUUUUUUGCUGGUCGUGUGGAAGAAGUCCAAGGAAAUAUAGAUGAAGCUGUGUACAAGUUUGAGGAGUCCAUUGCGUCCCAGUCUGAGUGGAGGCAGUUUCAUCACCUAUGUUUCUGGGAGCUCAUGUGGUGUCACUGGUUUCUUCAAGGGGACUGGCUGAUUGCUAUGAAGUACGCAGAGCGGUUGUGUCGUGAGAGUCGGUGGAGCAAGGCAACCUACACAUAUCAGAAAGCGUCCUUCCUCAUGAUGUGUGACGACCAGACGGAGGAGACACAUGCACACAUCUCAUUCCUCUUCAGUGAAGUCCCUCGUCUCAAGCAGAGAAUAGCUGGUAAAUCUCUUCCUUUUGAAAAGUUUGCUGUUGCUAAAGCAAACCGAUUUGUUGAACAAGAUGGACGACUCACAUUACCUGCUCUGGAACUGAUCUAUGUAUGGAAUGGAUUCACCAUUAUUGGCAAGAAGAUGGAGCUGCUGGAACCCAUGCUGAUGAAAAUAGAGGAAGUCAUAAACGAAAUUCUUCAAAAUAGGGAUACAUACCGUAAUUUCCAUGACGACUACUCCCUGGCGCUGCUCCUGAAGGGGGUGUGUCUGCGACACCGAGGUCAGGCAUUCCAGGCAGAACAAUGCUUCAAGGAAAUCCUCUCAUAUGAGUCACACAUCAAGUUGGACACCUACCUUGUACCCUACGCUUUUGUGGAGGUGGCCAUCUUAUACCUACAGGAGGACCGACUUGAUGAAGUCAAGAAAAUGCUGGAUAAAGCAAAAAAGAACUACAAAGGGUACUACCUUGAGUCACGGUUGCACUUCCGCAUCCAUGCAAUCCGUCUGCAGCUUGAGAGUGCAAACAGCAGUGAUGCUGAGGCAUCAUCUGCGCCACAGUCACCCGCACCCCAGUCACCAUCCAUGGGAUCAAUGACGAAUUCCUUUGACUAUGGUCCUGAUGAUGAACCUGACAGGUUCUCUACUGACUUGUGAUCAGAAGUGUUCAUGUUAGAGAAGGAGUAUAUCCUGCACUGCAAACUCUGCUGUCUGAGAGGCAAAUGUCAGGCAACAGGUACUGGUUUCUCCAACAGGCUUUAAUCAUAGGAACCACAAGGACUCCAUUCAGCAACAAACUGGACAUGUCUCCUGUUUGUAUGUUAGAAACAGAUGUUGUCCAAAAUAUGUUAUCAAAAGUCAUUCCGUGUAUGUCCAGAGACACUCAGUCAUGUCAUCAUUUGCGUCUUUUAAACAUCCCAAAUAGCAUGAUCAACAAGCACCUCAAAUAGGAACCAUAGGAUAUAGGACAUCCUUCCUAGGCGCUAUUCCAUGAAGUGAUCAUGGCUUUGACACUACUUUUUCAUUGACUUCUAACUGUCACAUAUUAGGUAACGUUGUGGAACAGAGCCCAUCAAACAAUACACUCAGUGAGCAUGUGCGCAACUGAAACAAGGACUUCAUCUUAUGGCCACAACCCAUUGUGAAAAGGAGGACCCAUCACCUUCACCUGCCAUCCAAGAGCAUGACAACCAUUCACUGAACAUGACCUUAACUUUCAGACCAAGGCAAGGAUGUACAUUCAUCCUCAGUAGUCAGGAUUUUUAUUGGUUCAUCAGAUGCAAUCCUCUUUUAAGUCUAUUUGCAUCACUUCUUUUGCACGAUUUUUGCCAGGUAGUACUUGGUCCAUUAAGUUCAAAUCCAUCGUGUCACAUCUCAAGUCCAUUGAGGAUAUGCUUGUCAUAAGAGGCAUCAAAUGGGAUUGGCUGGUCAGAUUUGCUAAGAUGGGCUUGGUUGACACAUGGCAUAGUAUACCAAUUGUGUAGAUCGAUGCUCAUGCUGUUGGUCACUGGAUUGUCUGGUCCAGACUCAAUUAUUUACAGA